UUUUUUCCUAGUGGUGCAGGGGAGGCGUGGAUCUCGCUCACUUUUGACAUUCUCGUAGCAGUAGUAGCUUCUCCUCAAGGCAGGACUCAGAUGACACCACCCCGCCACCGACCGGAGGAGAAACAGGGGAAGCUCUGACUGCGCUCUGUCAAUGAACUAUGUUUUGACACCAGGACGUGUUUAGGGGUUAAUCUAAUCCAUUUGAGCACCGGGGACUUUUCUGCGUCCUCGCCAUACGCUGGGAAUACUUUUAAGACCAGUGUGCUUCAGACUCUCGCACCCACGGAGCGCCGGUGGCGGAAUGUGAAAGUCCCGUUUUGGCGCAUGUUCCUCUCCAUUGUGUGCAGCCUUCUCCUGCUUUCUGUGAGGUUGGAAAGCGGAGGAGAAGGAGGAGGGACGGCUUUUCCCGACUCGAUCCCUUGCCUAUGGACGACGGCGGUCCCCUCUCUCCAAAGGCAAAUGCUUUCAGUAUUGCCUCUCUGAUUUCGGCUGCAGAGCAAGCAGGAAACGCAGCGUUUGAUAAACACAGCACCGGCCUGGACAAGCCAGACCUGCACAACAACAGUUCCUUUAAAAUGCACUACAGCACUGUCACCCGGGAAAUGGAAGCCAUAUCCAGUCCGUGGCUGACGCAGCUGUCCCAUUUUUGCGAUGUUGCAGCCUUCACGACGAGCAGCCUGAGCAGCCUCAACACGCCGGGGGGCUACCACCUCUCUCCGUCCCCCGGGGACCCCUACAGUCAACAUGAGUCCCACUUUGAGCCCUGUCCGGCCGCCCAGCACAACUACAACUACCCGGGCUCCAACCCGGGCCAGGCCCCGCCGAGCGACAACGGCACUCCGAACUGCUCUUCGUCUUCGUCCAACUCAACUCCGAACAGCAAAACCAUAGUGAAGAAAAACCCCAAAGUGGCCAACAUUAACGUCCAGCUGGAGAUGAAAGCUUUAUGGGACGAAUUUAAUCAGCUGGGAACGGAGAUGAUCGUAACCAAGGCUGGCAGGAGAAUGUUUCCAACUUUCCAAGUGAAAAUAUUUGGGAUGGAUCCCAUGGCAGACUACAUGCUUCUGAUGGACUUCCUGCCUGUAGACGACAAACGAUACAGGUAUGCUUUCCACAGCUCCUCGUGGCUCGUGGCCGGUAAGGCUGACCCUGCCACGCCGGGCAGAGUCCACUACCACCCGGACUCUCCGGCCAAAGGCGCACAGUGGAUGAAACAGAUCGUGUCAUUUGAUAAACUGAAACUCACCAACAACCUCUUGGAUGACAACGGCCAUAUAAUUCUCAACUCCAUGCACCGUUACCAGCCCAGGUUUCACGUGGUUUAUGUUGAUCCACGUAAGGACAGUGAGAAGUACGCCGAGGAGAAUUAUAAAACCUUUGUUUUUGAGGAAACCCGCUUCACGGCGGUCACGGCCUACCAGAACCACCGGAUCACACAGCUAAAGAUAGCCAGCAACCCUUUUGCAAAGGGCUUCAGGGAUUGUGACCCGGAGGACUGGCCCAGGAAUCACAGGCCAGGCUCUCUGCCAAUAAUGAGUCCCUUUCCCAGAACAAGAAACCCAAUGUCAUCUCCCCCUCAGCAGAACGGCACAGAGAAAGAGGACGGCAGACGGGAAUAUGAGCGAGACCCCAGCGGAACACCCAUCCACGGUGACCCAGCUCACCAGCUGAUGUCCCGGGUCCUGAGCCCUGCCCUCCCAGUACCCGGAGGCCUCCACGCUGUCCCCAUCACCAGCAGUCGACCCAGUCCACCCCAUGAUCUGCGUCCAGAUCCCCACUCUAUAGCCCCGGACACCCUGCACCACCACCCUUACAAGUACCCCACCACGUAUGAACACUACCUGGGUGCCAAGCCCAGGCCGUCCCCCUACCCUUUACCCAGCAUCAGAGGACACACAUACCAUCACCACAUGAACCCAGCCACAGCUAACAUGUACUCAGCCACCAGCGGCCCCUCUACCUACGACUACGGGCCCAGAUAAUGACCGCUGUCCGCCAGGGCUAAUGGGGCACAGCACUGUGGGAGUGAAAACACGCAGGAGCUGCAAAACAAUCCCGUCUAUUGAUGGCUUACGCAACCUGUGGGGUUCGUUCACAGGCUCAAACUCCUUGCUGUUGGAUAAACCCUGUGGUAUUUAUUUAAAGGAAACGCAUCAUUGCAGGAAGCAUGGGCACUUGCUCUGAGCCCUUAAAAAGGUCCGGUUUGACCUUUGAACCCAAAUGGCAAUAAUUCUACAUCAGGGCACGUGAUACCUGAGACAGUGAGCCAGAAAACAGAGGAGGCAGGAGGGGACCUCUCCUUAAUACAGACUAUACUUCACAGACUGGAAAUGAUUUUUUUUUUUUUUUUUUGUGUUUGAUGCACUUUGUGAUUUGCCUUGUUUUUAUUGCUUUCAAAAAAGCCAUAUGUUAUAUAGUCCAUCAGUCUUUUAGGUAGACGAGAUGUUUGCAUGUUGAGCUCAUCAGAGAGGGUGUCGAAACACAUGGAUGUUUUUUGUUUAAUGAAAGAAAAAAAAAAAGAGACUGAUUUUGAAACGUUUGGAACAUCUUGAGCCGCUCUGAGAAGCUUGUACCAUGGCACU